CACAAUCUUUUUCGCUAGAAAUUUGCAUCACAGAUUUGCAUUUUGCCGGUUCUUCCGUCCAAAGGCUGAUAUUAAUUUUGAAAUAAAAUUAAAAUUAAAAUAAAAUGUCCGUGCAAACAGUAUUACUAGAUUUUUCUCUAGAUCCUGCUCGAGUAGCUGAUGAAAGUGGACAGAAAACAGUGUUUAACCAAUUGGAAGAGGUACUGAAAGAGUAUCUUCCGAAUCUGAUUUUAGCUGCAGAUAUUAAAGUUGAUGGUGGUUCUCUAAAAAUUCUGACUGGAAAGAAAGGUGUAACCGUGUCCACAAGAUUGUUUGACCGGGGUCUCGUUACCGUAAAUAUUGAAUAUUACAAGGAGGACAAUGAAGAUCCAUUAAUCAAUUUCAAGUCGGCGAAAGAAUUGGAAAGUCAACUGAAAAAACAUAUCACUGUUUUAAAAUCUCAAGCUUAUCCACCUUUAAAACGAUGCCUAUUUGGCAGAUAUUUCCCAUCAUCUGAUGAAAGACUUCUAGAAUAUGAUAUUGACAAUGUGCUGUUUGAUGAACAAUCUCCCUUCCAACGGGUACAAAUUGUACACUCCAAGAGUCUCGGUAACAUGUUGGUGCUAGAUGAUCUCCAGAGUAAGUGAUUUUGUUCUCUAAUCUAUAUAUAUAAAAGAAAGUCGUGUUAGUUACACUAUUUAUAACUCAAUAACGGUUAAACCGAUCAUUUCUUGUCACGAGAGUGCAUGUUAUUCACAGUGUAAUUUCUUUUCUGUACCAACAUCAUUUUUUUUUACCAUCUACACCAAGAACAAACCCAUACUCGGCAGAUAAUCGUCGAAGACUGCAUGCUCACCGUGGAGAAGUUCAUAAGCGAGAACAAAAAGGUCGACUACAUAUUCGGCGACCUCACCGACAUACCGAUAUCGGACGCGCCGUGCGGCGAGCUCUGGGAGUUCAUGAUCAACAUACUCAACUCCGCCUUCAAGAUACUCAAGCCGACCGGCAAGUUCAUGACGCACGGUAACGGAGCAACGUCGGCUGAAUCGCUGGAGAUGUACGAACAAGUGCUCACGAAGAUGAAGCCAGCGGUAACAUUCUCAAAGACUAAAGCGUUUGUGCCUUCAUUCUUCGAGGAGUGGAUCUUCUACCAAAUAGCGCUCAACCAGAAGGCCGAUGAGUAACCAAUGCUCAUGGGAUAGGCUUUAUUAUUAUUUUUUGACCUCCAAUUGUGAUUUACAUUUUAAUAUUCUUAUAUGUAAGUAUACAGGUACUUGGGCUAUUAGCAUUACUGAAAAAUUACAUACAAAAUGUUGUAAUAAUUAAAAUGGAGACCUGGCUUAUUGUUAAAUUAAUUUUUCUAUAUGGAAGCAAGGUUCCACGCCUCUAUGGCAAUACAGAUGUUAUUAAUACCAAUUUUUCACUUGCUAAAAAAUUUUAAAUAAUUUUGGUAUUGUUGAUUCAACAUUUUCAGUAAUAUCAUAAAAAUUCAAUUGACCAUAGUUAAUAUUAAAAUG